AUGGCGUCGCGAGACAACAAGAAGGCAUCAAACAGUCGAACCGGCAGAAUCCGCACGCUCUCCGAUCUGAACCGACCAUCCGCCGAUUCCGACAGCGACUCCGAUGGUCCUCAGGAGUAUUACACCGGCGGCGAGAAAAGUGGAAUGCUUGUCCAGGACCCUUCCAAAGGAAAUGAUGUGGAUGCAAUUUUCAACCAAGCUAGGCAACUUGGAGCUGUAGAAAGGCCUCUUGAUCAGCUUCAAGAACCUCCAAGGUCAACAAGCUUUGCUGGAACUGGCAGGUUACUCUCGGGGGAAACUGUACAGAAUGCUUCUAACUCUCAGCAACCUGAGUCUGUUGUUCACAACAUUGUUUUUUGGAGUAACGGUUUCACCGUAAAUGACGGACCUUUGAGGAGAUUGGAUGAUCCUGCAAAUGCCUCAUUUUUGGAGAGCAUUAAAAAAUCUGAAUGCCCCAAAGAGCUUGAGCCCGCAGAUAGGAGGUCAGCUGUAAAUGUAAACCUCAUAAGGAGGAAUGAGAACUAUCGUGAACCAGAAAGGGCCCAAGUUUCAUUUCAGGGAGUGGGAAGAACACUUGGAAGCAGCUCCAAUUCAGUGGCACCUGAGCCAAAUGUUGCAUCGACAGCGCCUCUCAUCUCCGCUCCACCCCCUUCUGCCGGUCUUGUGGUUGACCAGUCAUUGCCAUCAACCUCAAUACAGCUCAGGUUAGCUGAUGGAACCCGAUUGAUAUCACAUUUCAAUAAUCACCACACAAUCGGCGAAAUCCGUGCCUUCAUUGAUGCAUCUAGACCUGGCGGUCGGCAGGGUUAUCAACUCCAGAUGAUGGGUUUCCCCCCAAAGGUUCUAGCUGAUGAAACACAGACUAUAGAGCAAGCAGGAUUGGCAAAUUCAGUUGUCAUACAGAAAUUUUAG